AGAAGAUAGUUGGCACAACACAGCAUAAAAUGAGAAAUAAUAGUGUUAAACCACAACUCCUCAAACUACCAUUUCUCAAUCAUUCCUCUAAUUAAUAAUUAUCCUUUCUUUUUUCCAUCUUAUUCUUUUCUUCCAUUCCCAUUAUCUCCUUUAUUUCUCACAAGCACACAAAUCAAUGGAGAUGAAAAACGAGAAUGAGAGUUUGAGUGAGAGUGAGAGUGGAAGUCUGAGCAAGAAUGAGAGUGAGGCUGAGAAUGAGAGUGUAAGCGAGAAUAAGAAUGAGAGACACGACAAGUCGGUGCAACAAAUUUUACAUGAUUUUCAUUGGCAGCAUCCCUUGGUGUUAGUGGCAGAGCAAAGCAAUGAAGGUUUCAAAGCUUACUGCGAUGGAUGUGGAGAACUGCUUUCAGCUCCAUGCUUCACUUGUAUUCAUUGCAAUUAUCACCUUCAUAAGCAAUGUGCAGAGGCACCCCUUGAAAUUCCUAAUCACCCUCUCCAUCCCCAACACUCAGACGCAGGUUUUUUUCUUCGACAAAGGCCACACCUUGAUGAUGACCUGGUAUAUGGUUGUGCAUUAUGCAAGGAAAAACGUAACAUGUUUUUUUAUGAAUGUAAAGCAUGUUAUUUUUCCCUUGACAUCAAAUGUGCUCAAUUAUCUUCUUUAUUUAAGUUUAGCCAACCAUUCAAACAUGUCAUCCACAAACAUCCAUUGACCUUCAUAGAAAAUCCCAUGACCAUAAAAGUACUCAAAAGAUUCAAUUGCUUCAUGUGUCAAGAACCAUUCAUAGAUGCUAUAUAUAUUUGUUCUUCCUGUCCAUUUAUCAUUCACAAGAAAUGCCUUGAGUUACCCACUAAAGUUAAUCACCCUUCCCAUCGCAUACACUCUUUGUUUCUUAAUUAUAGCAAUAGUGAUUGCUUUUGCAACCUAUGCCAAAAAGAACAUUCUGGAUACUUCUAUUGUUGUUCUCUUUGCCAUUUUAACGUCAAUGUUCGAUGCAGUUUGUUGAUGUCCAUUGUUGAAGAUAAAAAAAGUCAUCAACACCCAUUCUCUUUGCUUUGGAGACAAGGUUCAUUCAUUUGUGAUGCAUGUGACACCGAGGGAAAUUAUAUUUCUUAUAUAUGUUUGACAUGCAACUUCAUUGUCCAUAAAGACUGCAUACAGCUCCCACGCAUUAUCAAAUUUUCACGACAUGAUCACUGCAUUUUUCACAAAUAUUUUCUUGAAGAUCUUACAAGGCAAAAUUGCAAGAUUUGUUUUAAUAAAGUAAAUCUAGAUCAUGGGAGUUACUCUUGUAGGAAGCUAGGUUGCAAUUACGUUGUCCAUGUGAAUUGUGUCUUAGAGGAUGAUGAUUUGUACAAGGUAAUUGAGGACGAAAAGCAAUGGGAGGAGCUUUAUGAAAAAUCUAUACAGUCUUCCAUCAUUUCUGUUAUUGAGGUGAAUGAAGCUGGGGAAGCUACAAAGAUUGAACAUUUCAGUCAUCAACAUUGCUUGGUCUUAGCAGACAAGAUGGAUGAGGAAAUUGAUAGAAAAUGUAAUGGGUGCAUGCUAUCUAUCUCAACUCUCUUCUAUUAUUGUUCAGAAUGCCCUUUUUUUCUUCAUAAAACUUGUGCUGAAUUGCCAAGUAUCAAGUUUCAUUGGUUUCGUCAUGCCAAAGCCACCCUCAUUUUCGAAGACUACCUGUUGUGUUUCCUUUGUCGUCAACAUUUUAGUGGAUUUGUUUACCGACUUAGAGAAUGGUUCAUUUGUAUAAGGUGUGCUAAAGUUGCCGAUACCAUUGAAUGUGAAGGACACCAACACUUCCUCUUUUAUGAUUUCAAAUGCAGGGAGAAAUGUAAUGGUUGUGGCAACGACUGUUGGCAUGGUGCAUUCAGAUGUGGAAAGUGCAGAUUUGCUUUGGAUUUUAGAUGCUUAACAUUACCACAUUCAGCUCUUCACAAAAUUGAUGAACACAUGCUAAACCUUACUUAUGAUGAUGAUAAAGAGCAAUGUUACUGUGAUAUUUGCGAACAAGAAAGAGAUCCAAACUUUUGGUAUUAUUCUUGUUCAAUCUGUAGUACUUUUGCUCAUCCCAAAUGUGUUCUUGGAGAAUUUCCAUUUCUCAAGGAUGGGAUGAAAUGGCCUUACCUUGAUCACCCACAUCGUCGUGAUCUUAAAUUUUUUAGGAACGUUGAGAGCUACUCUAAAUGCUCUGAUUGUGGUAAGCUUUGCCCAGAAGAAGUUAUCAAGUGUGAAAAGCCUACAUGCAAUUAUAUUACUCAUUACCAUUGUCCGUGA